UACAAGAUGGAUGGAAUCACGGCUGUGCGGACAAAGUGACGGUGACAACAACACACCAGUAACGUACAGGAUCGGCGGGAUAACAGGGAAAGGACAGAAAGUGUUCACUCGUUGUUUCUGACGCUCGAGACACGGUGACGGGGGUCAUGAUGGAGAGCCUGGUGCACUACAGCAGCCCCGUCCACGCCGUCUCACUGCUCAGCGUGUUGAACGAGCAGCGCUUAAAGGGACAGUUCUGUGACGUGGUGCUGAUGGCAGGAGAACAUCGCUACCCGGCGCACAGGAGCGUCCUGGCCGCCAGCAGCGAGUACUUCCACACUUUGUUCUCCGGGAGAGACUCAGAGACCCAAGACAUGAUCCAGCUGGACUUCUGCGAGCCUGAGGCUUUCGAGAUCGUGCUGAACUACAUCUACUCCUCGUCACUGUUUGUGGACAGAGGAAGUCUGGCGGUGAUCCAGGAGCUGGGCUACAGUUUAGGAAUCCCGUUCCUGACUAACAUAAUCUCCACCAGGCCUCAGGUGUCCUACUGCGUGACCCGAAAGAGACUGUGCUUUCCCGAAGAGGGCGACGGCUCGGUCACAAAAAGGAGCGUCAUCGUACAACAAGGCGGCAUGGGCGUCGCCCACAGAGGGAACGCCGUCCUCCAUGGUAGACAUGCAGCAGAGACUCAGCCUGGAUUGGGUCUGGAUUAUUGUUCUACAGGAUACGUUAAACGAACAGAAAUGGGGACGAAUAUUAGCAAAAACGAUCCCAAAGAACUAGAGGACGAUUCCAAAGCCAUCAUUCCGUCAUUGACUUCCAUCCUCAAGGGCCGCACAGAGUACAGAUCGCCCUCGGCCAGACCCCAGCUGACCUCCUCGGUGUCCUUCAGCGAAACCAUACAGCACUUAAACUCUGAUCCUGGUGACGACGCAGCUGACGAGAUGAAACCCGAACAUACUUACGAUCUGAAGUCGGUCUCUGGAACGCAGCAGGGAGCACGUAACCAAACGGUGGACCGGAGCGGCCCGCUAAUUAAAAGCCUGCUGCGUAGAUCUUUAUCCAUGGACAGUCCGGUUCCUGUGUUUUCUCCGGUUCUGGAGCUGAAGGACUCGCAGAGCAGGGAUCAGUCUGUUGUGAAAUCAGAAACGAACGCCGUCGAGUCGCCGUCGUCCGGGAGCAAACAUCACUUACCUCCGCUGGUUCUCAGGUCCAAACAGCAUAAUGUGAUGACGAGGGAAGACAAGGGGUCUCAGGUAGAGGACAGAGUGACGGUCAAAACCGAGGCCGGCAGCCCGCUGGCCGAUCCGUCUGAAAUCAUACGGGUCACCGUGGAGGACAAUCUGCCCGUCAAUUUCAGAGAUUUCCAGACUAACUUUGACGAAAGUCCUCGAGGAUACUUCAGUUCUGUGAAAAGGAGGUUACCGUUGGACGGGAAUUUGAACCCGUUCAAGCGAUCCAAAGUUUCGAACGAACACCAGUUCACGGACGAGGACGGUGGGACCAAUGAAUCGCCUUGCAACGCGGACGAUCAGGAACCCGGGGAACUGAGGCCGACCAAGAUGUUUAAAUGCUGGAGCUGCAUGAAGGUGUUCAGGUCAAACGCAGGGCUUUACCGUCACGUCAAUAUGUACCAUAAUCCAGAGAAGCCGUACGCGUGCGAUAUCUGUCACAAGCGCUUUCACACCAACUUCAAAGUGUGGACACACUGCCAGACCCAACACGGCGUGGUCCAAAACCCAGCAGCUUCCUCCAGCUCCUACUCUGUUCUGGACGAAAAAUUCCAAAGGAAACUCAUAGACAUAGUGCGAGAGAGGGAGAUUAAAAAAGCCUUGAUCAUGAAGCUCAGGAGAAACAAGCAAGGCCAUCAGGCUCAGCCGUUUGCCAAGAAAAGCCGGAGAUCGCGGUCUUAUGGAUGUCCCUAUUGCGGGAAAAUGUUCUUUUUCCAGUCGCAUUUUAAACUGCACAUGAAAGGACACACUGCUGAGAGAGCUAGCAUGGAAGCACAAGACCAGGAAGGUCUGCGUGAACGGCAGGAGGAAGCUGGACACAUCAAGGAGAACCAAGACAGAGAGGUUUUCCCCUGCAGGCUCUGCAACGUGAAACUGUUCUCUGUGAACGAGCUGGAGGAUCACGAGCGAGCGUGUCGCUACGCCACGGUCUGCCCUUACUGUGGUCUCAGGUUCUCCAACACGCUGGUGAAAAAGGACCACGAGGCUCACUGCAAGUACAAGAAGCUCACCUGCCUCGAGUGCAUGCGCACUUUUAAAUCCUCCUUCAGCAUUUGGCGCCAUCAGGUCGAAGUUCACAACCAGAACAUGAUGACCGUCAGGGAGCAGCUGACCUUUGGAUACCACGACGUUAACCAGGGGACGCCGGAGCUUCUCGGGGUCGCGCUGCCUCCUAAAGAGGCGAUAAGAGACGACACGACGUACGGCGACUCCGAGGACUCGUCUUCUUACCUCCCGGAGGAUCUGAGCUCGAAUCAUAGUCAGGGCAAACUCGUCGUAAAAGAGGAGCCGCAGGAGGAACCGGUGAUGGACAGAGAACCGUCAGCUCCCGAGGAAGUAGGCGUGAGGCCUUGUGAGAAAUGCGGCAAACUCUUCAGCUCUCACAAAGCCCUCGAGCGCCAUCAGGAGCUUCUCUGCCACAUCAAGCCCUUCAUCUGCCACAUCUGCCACAAAGCGUUCCGAACCAACUUCCGCCUCUGGAGCCAUUAUCAGUCCCACAUGUCGUCCUCCAAGGAGCCUGUGAGCAGACAGACAGACGGACCGCCGUGCUCUCCUCCUCCGUCUCCGACUCUCACCAUCUCUGCCCAAGAUCCUCUGUCCUCGCAAGCGUCUCUGCCGGAAUCAGAGGUCACGGAGGAGGAGCCCAGAUCCCUCACGUCUUCUCUGUCCAAACCAGACAGAGCGGAGCAGGAAAUUCAGGGCGGGGAUUUCUCUCUUUCCCGGUCGGACAGCGCUGAAAACGCGGCGACUUCUCAGGAAUCGGACACGCUGUUUUAUCACGCGCCGACGCUCUCCGCUCUGACCUUUAAGAGGCAGUACAUGUGCAAACUCUGCCACAGGACCUUCAAGACUGCUUUCAGUCUGUGGAGUCACGAGCAGAGCCACAGUCACGUCUGAACACGCCGUCACUCUCACCAUCCGGAUCUGUUCUCAUGUUAAAGGGUCUCGAACCGAUGAUGAGUGUGACACGUUUGUAGGCGGGGUUUGGGCAGCAUUGUCAAGAUGGCGGACAGAUAAAUAACCUGCAGGGUUUAUAGAAUCAGGUGUAAAGAAGCAAACGUCAAACACUGCUCACGUCUCCACUUUGUCUGGUCUUAAUGCAGACGAUGACGUGUCCACACACACACACACACA